AUGCCUAAGCAUAAGCAUAGGAGUAGAUCUCGUCAUCGCUCGAGUAAACGAGCACGUUCUUCGAGAGAAAGGUUCCGCGAGCGAUCUUCCGAGGUUAGGUCGAGUUCGCGCGGAACAUCACUAGACCCACCGUCGCAGGGGAAUGAAUUGGCUGCCGUCCUGCGAGAGAUAUUCUCCUUUAUGAAGGACCACACCGCCACGAGCGCUUCAGGGUCGAGGCAGAUAGUUGGCGAGGAAACGGAUGUGAUCAAUCCCUCCCUGACGAUAGUGAAAUCGUCGUUCCAGAGGUCGAUUCACAGGCAGAUGAGUGGCAGCGUGACCUUUGUCGACCCCCUUCCUGAAUCGAACGACUCUAAUAAAGAGAACGAGUGCUUAUUAGCAAGUGAACUAUUUGGAUUGGAGCAGCCACCCUCGAGUGCAGAGGCUUGGGAUCCUAUAAUCCUAUCCGCGACGAAGAAUGAGGUCCGCUCGGGAUUAAAGGAAGAGCUACGCUCAGCGCUCUUAACCAAACAUGAGCUUAAGGGCGAUUUGCAAUGUUUGGGCCCUCCGAAAAUGAACGGAGAGGUUAUUUCGGCUCUUUCUAAGCGUCAGAGUGUUCUAAAGAGGGACGAUUAUCAGGUUAAGGAGCAAAAACAGGUAGGAGCUUGCCUUAGCGCGAUAGGCACAGGCAUUUCUGAUUUGCUAAAAGCUCGGCGAGAGCUAACGGCCAGUGAAAAGGAAGCGGUAUCGAAAAUGGCAGACGGAAUGCACCUGUUAGCAGAUCACCAAUACAGGUUAUCUCUAACAAGACAGGCUCUUGUGAAGCCGUGCCUUGCAUUCAUAGGCAAAUCCGCAGCGAAUCGCUCGACGGUUGAUGAUUGGCUGUUCGGCGAGAACUUUGAGGAAGGCGUCAAAUCAGCCCAGGCUUUGGAAAAAACGGGACGUGAGCUCUCCAAGGCCAUCCCGGCUCAAAGCGGCUGUGGUGAAACUCACCAACCAACCGCUCCAGCAACGACCGACUCUCCAAACAUCGUCACAACGUUCGGGAAACUCCAGGGUCCCUGCUCAACGGUCAGUGACCACGGCUCGCCAAUCAGGGACCAGACAGAAGUCGAGCCGCCACUCGAACUACCGCCCUCGAUCCCGCUCACGAGCACGUCGAUAGGAGAUGUAAGAACAGCAGGAAGGCUAUAUAAUUUUUUACCCGAAUGGGAAGAAUUAAUUCAGGAUUCCGAGGUCCUGGAGGCUAUUCGAGAAUCUGAAACUAUGACCCAAAAUCAGCACGAAGAAAGCUUACAACAGUUGCAAAAUAUAAACGCGGCCAAAACAAGUCAGGAGAACGAUUCUGUCUUCAAAAGAUUUAUUUGCGAUCAAGAAACGAGACCAGAAGUAGGCAGGAAAUUGGCUUCGUUAUUGAUCACCCCGGUGCAAAGAGUACCGAGGUAUCAGUUGCUCGUUAAACAAGUGUUACAACAUACCCCAUACGAUCACAGAGAGCACAGGCAUUUGCAGGCGUGUUUGGUUGAAAUUGAAAAGUCUGCAAAACACAUAAACACUUUAAUCGUACAGAACGAAGAAACGCAAAAGUUGCUAAACCUUCAAAAGUGCAUCGUUACUUCUAUUAAUCUCGUCAAGCCUGGUAGGAUAUUAAUCAAACAAGGAUCACUGAUGCGCGUCUCGAGACGAGGCAAUUCAGCUUACAGGAGAUACUUUGUUCUUUUAAAUGACACUUUGCUAUACUGUAAAGGCGAGCCGGAAACGUCACUGAACAUAUCUUGCGUGUUGCCGUUAAACAAGUGCAGUUUAACUUGCGUUCUGAGCAAGAAACUCUUCCGUAUAACGUGUUUGCAUGAGACAUUUUUAUUGUAUUCGGAAAAAGAUGAUAGCAACGAGUGGAUACAAUCUAUACAAAGCGCCAUUAGAAAAUAUACCGAAUGCAGGCAGACCUUGAGAAAGGAAAGUAGCUCGAGAAAACCACUUAGGCAUAAGAAUAUUAAUCAAUUUUCGUCGGAUGAUAUACCAGCGAAAUCUGUUAAAAGAAAAAGAUGUGUGAAAGAUGAAGAGGUAUUAUUGGACACUUCCAACAUAAUAUAUUUCAAAAAGGACAACGAGAUGGAUGAGGACGUUCAAAGCAGUAAUACUUGCUUGCCCCUUUUUACUAGAGCCAAGAGAUUUAAACAGGACGAAUAUUCCAAGGAUGGCUACAUUGCCCCUGCGGUAAAGAGUACAAAAUUGAAAUCGUGUAGAAAGAGAAACGAACGCUAUACACCUACGCAUAGGUGUUUCAAAAAAUCAAGUAACUGCAAUUACAACGAGACUCUUUCGACGACGACAGGUACACACGGGACAAGUGUCUGUCCCGUCGCGUCGAACGCCGAAAAGCACACGUCGCCGUUUCAAGGGAUGAGCGAAUUUUUUACAUUCAUCGGCACGACGAUAAAAGACCUGUUCACGUUCAGAUAA